AUGGGACGAACGCCCUGCAUCCUGGGUCUACCUCUCGUGCCCUCAAAAGCUGCUCUCCGGGCCCUUCGACAACUAGCAUAUCUCCCUUCGAAGCCGAAUUUUGCACACUGCGGUAGCGACCGUGGGGUUGCGGCGCUCAGUCACAAUGCGCGCCGCAGGAACCCUCUUCCCCAGAAAACUAUCGACAAGAAGAAGGGACAUCGUGGAAAUGCAGACUCCCAUACCCAGAGCCACCUUACCAACACAGAGCUAUCGGAGGAAUGGACGCUACCUCUGAAGGGCAGCAAUUGGGCCACAUCGCCACCUCUGCGUCGACUGAAUGAUAACACUCAUCCGCAUCUUCGUGAAAAGGACCUGGGACUUGGAGCGCAUAAAGAGAACCAGAAGAAUCGGGAUAAGAACUGUGCAUUGUACCAUUUGGGGUCCAGAGACGGCACUUCGAUACACGAAAGGAGGACAGCGCAGCCGCUCCUAUCGAAUAAAUCAUCCCAGUUCCAAGAUGAAGCCACAGGCCUCGCACGUGUUGACAGUUCCACAGCUAUUGUUAGCAACGACCUCCGCACGUAUCCAACCAGCACAGAUAAAGGAAGAUCUCCUGUUGACUUUCAUGAUGCUGAUCGACCCCCAUGGCUAAUCGAACCAAUUCGCCUGAAAGCCAGUCUCUUAAUUGAUCGAAUCCCCAGUAAUCAAUUCCCGAAUUACACAACGCCUUCCCUGGCAGGCCCGACCACUCUGAACGACUUUCCACCCUCAUCUCAGAAUGCCUCCCAACAGCUCAAAAUGCUAGUCGGAACUGAGACCCAUGACAGGAUACUAGAAUUUAUUCUCCAAGACCGUCGCUACUUGGGUCUCAAAAUGGCACAUUGGCACUUAGUUUUACAACAUUUUCUUGCACAGCCCAGUGAUGACAGGAUGACGAUUGCAACAGCAAUUGUAUCCAUAUUCAGACCUGUAUUACCCAUCGAAGCGUGCACAUUCUCUCCCGUGCUGGAAAUCGUGAAGCAUCAUCUUUCCAAUGACUCCAGUCUUGGUCAAGCUUCCGAUGUGCUGUUCCCACGGCAGGAAAUAGCUGUGUCAAAAGCCUCUCCUAAGACGGAUGAUUAUUUCCUGGCUGUCAGCUAUCUCAUACACCGCCUUGAGACCGAUCAUGAUUUCGAGUCAUGGAUCACAGAAAUGAGAAAGAUCUUACACCUUGCAAGACUAUCUGGCAUCUCACUAGGGAAGAGCUUUUCAGUUCCUAUCAUCAAGGCUCUUUGUCAGGCGGGAAAGAUGGAGAAAGUCCUUCUGACUCUGAAUGAUUUAGAGAAGCAAUACAAUAUUGCCAUAACGCAGGAUAGUCUGGAGGAUCUCUGCAAUGGCUACGCGGUUGCUGGCAAUUGGAAAGAAGCCUCAUCGGUUAUUGAACUGAUGCACGUCAAAGGCUACUCCAGAAAGAACCCAGAACGCUUUCAGUCCUUCUACGCAAAACUCAUCGAACUCUUUGCCACGAACAAUACGGCUGAACGAUGCUUGGGCUUUACCCUCCAUGCUAUGAAAAAUGCUGGCUUGAUCCCGGGGGGUCGAGUCUCAAGAGCCAUUUCAUGUGCAUCAAUAAGAGAUGGACGUCAUGAGCUUGUUCUGGAAUGGGCUAGUCUGGUUGAGAAGGUCUACUCUCGCCUAGAUCCGCCUUUCUCAACCCUCCAGGCUGCCCUGCAGUUUUCAGACACGUGCAGGGGCAUUGGGGCCAGUUGUGUUGAGAUUGCUAGUGCCUGCCGGGCACUUGCACACCGGGCUCGCAAGGAUCCUUUCAGCAGAUACUUUAGAGGCUGUGUAUCUGGACUAGUGAGAGAUGAUCUGAUCUAUCGGUUACAGGCCAUUCACCACAUCAAUCAUGAUAUGCCAAAUGAUUUUGACUCAAAGUCCACGGAUGCAUUGGUCGCAUUGGCCCGUGAAAUCGAGCACAGCACACCAAGGUUCACUAGGAUGCGGCCGUCGGAAGCAAAGCUGCACCGAGAUCUCGGCUGGCAAAUUGAAGCGGUCGAAGAUUUGAAAAUUAUUCUCGAAGGAGGCGUGUCAGUAACGGACCUUUAUGAAUCGGAUGAAUUCAGGAGGAGAACUCCAAGCUAUAGUGAGCUUCGCCGCCCGCCACAGCGAAAUUUCAACGGACCCACUCAAUUUUCCGAAUCGAUGCCCGAGAAUAUACUGCAAGAACGAUUGCCGCUGUACUCCGAGGUAGUCGACGUGGUUUUGAACGACUAUGCAACAAGAAGGCAGACAGGUGAGCUCCGGGAUCACGCUCUUCUAAAAUUCGUUGUUUGGAAACUUGGACGAUCCUUUCGAGGCGGUGAUGCCAUACGAUUAAUAUGCACGAUUUACGAGAGCGACUAUACAAAAGGUGUGCAAGGGGUUCCCUUUGACGAAGAGAUCUUUAGCGCCUGGGUCCACCUCGCACUUGAAUCAGGAGCUCAAGACACGAUGAGGGCCCUAUGGGCAAUCAUCGACUCCAUGCGCUCGUUAGAAUUUUCGCACGACUUUCGCCUGUUGACGCUCUACGCCUUUGUGACGGAAAAUCGGCGCAUUUCGGGGUUUGAGAGCACGGAGUGGUCGUGGAAGCGACACCGUAACGGUGAGCUCGAAUAUACAUAUAGGAAAUUGGCCGCGACGAAGUGGAGGAGGUCAAACCCAUCAAAAGACGGAAACAUCUUCCCUGCGUGGAAGCGUUGGGAAGACGCCAUGAGGGACAGAGUCACGGCUGGGCAGCAGGAGCCGUACGGCUAUGCAGAAGGACGUGACUACUAG